UUGGAUAGAGCAUACUUGGCCGCUAUAUGGCUCGAAACACUGUUUUAUGGUGUCAAUACCAUUCUUUUUUUCUGGUGCUUGACUAUCCUCACCAUUCGAUGUCACACAGUGAAGAUCAACAAGAUCUUGGUCACAGUUGCCUUACUGAUGGUCGUGUUGUCGACCAGCCACGUCUCCUUAGGAUUCUACCGUCUCUUAAAGGGCUUUAUUCUACUGCGCGACCAGCCUGGCGGACCUGCCGCAUACUUCUCUGAUAUAUCACGCCCGGAGAACGUAGCUAAAAUCACGAUACAAGGGUUGGGCGCAGUUGUGGGAGACAGUGUUGUGGUGUGGCGUUGCUGGCUCGUGUGGAAUCGCAGUUGGAAAAUCUGCUUCGUUCCGAUAAUCCUUGUCAUCGGAACUGCAGGAAACAAUGUCUAUGUACUGACACCCUCUUUAGUUUGCGGGUUAGGCCAGGCAGUUGCCUUUGCCCAUGCACAGAGGUAUCAUGACGUAUUCGUCCUACCAAUCCAAAUUUGGAGUGGUGCCCUCUUUGCCUUUUCCAUCUCAAGUAACGUCCUCGUCACUGGUCUCAUUGCUCUCCGUGCAUGGCACUUGUUACAAUUAAGCCAAGGCCUGACUACGUUCCGAACCUGGAAGAUCUUGUUGAUUAUUGUGGAAUCUGGGAUGAUUUACUCGAUCUCCGUUACAUUGAUGCUGUCGCUAUACUAUCUGGGCUCCAACAGCUUCUACAUUAUCUACGAUCCUAUCGAUCAGCUCGGGACAAUGAUUCCGAUGGCCAUCAUCAUUCUAGCUGCUCUUGGGUUCACUACAAACAACAUUGAGUCC